AUGACGAGAGAAUUUAACUAUGUUGUUUGCUCAAUUGAAGAGUCAAACGACAUAGAUGACCUCUCUCUUGAUGAAUUGCAGAGCUCUUUGUUAGUCCAUGAACAGAAGAUGAACCGAAGCUCAACAGCAAAGGACCAAGCUUUAAAAGCUUCUACCAAUACUCAUUCCAACAGCUCAAGAGGAAGAGGCAGAGGUCGAGGAAGAGGAAGGGGAGAUCGAGAUCAUGACAAAUCUAAGGUAGAGUGCUUUAGAUGUCACAAUUAUGGUCAUUAUGCUUCUGAAUGCUGCAGCAAUCACAUGAACGGAAGCAAGUCUUCUUUUUCGAAUCUAAAUGAAAGUUUUCACUCUACUGUCCAUUUUGGUGAUUUCUCUACUGUGAAAGUGAUGGGAAAAGGUGAUAUUAAGAUACAUACUAAGAAUGGUCUUAUGAAAACAAUUUCUAAUGUGUUGUAUGUUCCUGACUUGAAAAGUAAUUUGUUAAGUGCUGGUCAGUUGCAAGAAAAGAGGUAUGUCAUUACAAUUAAGAAAGGCGCUUGUGAAAUUAAUGAUCUUGAUAGAAUAAGUCCUAUUGCGACUGUCCAAAUGAGUUCUAACAGGUUAUUUCCAAUGAAGAUUGAAAGCAUUCAAUCUUGUUUGAUGGCUGAAGUAAAGGUCCCCUCAUGGUUGUGGGAUUUUCAUUAUGGCCACUUAAAUUUUGGUGGAUUGAGGGCUCUGCAAUAG